GGGGUGGCCCAGAGCAAGUGGCAGUAUAGUGCACAUAGGGUGCCAACCACCCACAUGGGUUGCCAACCCAUGAAGUACAGGGUCUUGUUCUAGAGGUGUUCUGAGAGUAGAUUCUCUGGUAGCAUAUGAGAGUGGAUUCAUGGUUUUUCAUUAAAAAUCUCAUUUGCUACCAGAGAAUCUAAAAUCAAGACCUCAGAAACAACAAAGCCCAGUACAAUCCAGGGGUUGGUUGGCACCCUCUGUGCACUAUACCACCACUCGCUUCGGGCCAUCCCAGUGCCCCCCAGGUGGAGUUAUGGGGCUGCUGAAACCUCCAUUAUUCCCUAUAGGUAAAAACCUUAAAGAUGCGUAAACCUCAAAAAUUCCUAAGAAAUCAGCCCUUUGCCCUAUUUGUAAUCUGGGUGCACCACCCUUGGGGCACUGCCACCCAACUCACUGUUUUGCCCCUGAAGCCCCACAUAAACAAGUUGAAAGAGUGAAGAGAAUGACCAAUGAGCCAGAGUGGUGUAGUGGUUAGAGUUCUGGACUAGGACCGGGGAGACCCGAGUUCAAAUCACAUUCAGCCAUUCUGGGCCAUUCACUUCUCUCAGCCUAACCUACUUCACAGGGUUGUUGUGAGGAGAAACCUAAGUAUGUAGUACACUGCUCUGGGCUCCUUGGAGGAAGAGCGGGAUAUAAAAUGUAAAAAAAUAAAAUAAAAUUGCCUUGGUACUAUGGAACAGCUUCAAAUGUUCAUUUAACUGAACUGGAGUGAGCCGUAGCCCAAACAAAUCAGCCUACUGUUCAAAAUUGUUGAGAUUUAUCAUCACUGCAUUUAAGAAAGUGCAAAAUCAUGGAUCAUGGUUACAAGAAAGAAGCAACUAAGAUUCCUGGGGAUGUCAAUAGAUUGACAGGUGUGUUCCCACCCUCUCCUUUUGUCUCCUCUAGUCUCAUGUGGAUGACCUGUCCCUGCAAUGGCAAAAGUUGUGAACCCCUGGCUUAGACAUCAUGUCCCACCAAAUUACAUUGUGGCCUAAAUCACAUUAGACUGCUCAACUUGGGUAUUAAAACUUAAGACACCAUUAUAACUCAUAAAAAUCAGAAGAAAAACAAAAUAGCUCUUCAAAAGAGCUCUGAACAAGUCAAGAGAUUCUUUCUAAAACUUUGGAAAGAAAAACCAGUGUAAUUUCAGAACUUUCCUAACCAGCUUCUCAAAAAGCUUCUCCACACAAUUUAUACCAUGGCUUUUAGCAAGAGCUUUGGAAUUGCAUUGAGCUCCCAAAGAUAUUUAGGUAUUUCUGUCUCAAAAUGCUGUCUUCCAAAUCCCUUUGCAAGGUCAGUUUGCAUUUCAAUCACACUGAAUACAACACUUAACUAAACUAUUCAUGCUCAACAGUUUUUGCAUAUCUUAUCUUCUGCUUAUCACUCAGUGUCUCAGCUGGAGUGGAGAGAGUCAGAGAAGUCAAUUUGAAUUGCAAUGCUUUUCCGAAGAACAAAGCAUUCUGUCUGAAAUACAGUCAUUUCGAUUUGGAAACAAAAAGCUCUGUUUUUUAAUUCUUGAUUUUGUUUUGGUUACAAAACCUCCGAAAUUGCCAUUUUCGGGCACAAAACGUUUUGUACUCUAAUUGAAAUGCACAAGCCUAUUGGAAUGAUCUUCUUUCUUGACUUUUGUUUUGCUCUAGUAGGUUUCUGUUCUUUUUAGCUAAUUACCAUAGUCCUGCCUAGGGGCAGGUGAGGAGGAUAACCCAUAGAGAUGUCCUUGGCUCCAGCAGCCAGAAGAAGCCUUCAUGAAACAGGGUCUCCGUGCGAAAUGGAACGUAGAGGAAUUUCCUAGAAAAGAGAUUUCAGCAUGUGAUUAGAGAGGAAACAGGUGAGGAGCAGAGAGGGCAGGACAGGGAUGACUCCACCCCUUCCUGGUUCUUUGACAUUUGUUGCUCCAUAUUUUAUACAAGGAAUGGAUUCAAACCAGAGCCCAUGUGGCCAGAAACUGAUCCAGUGACCUCACAGCCAGCCACAGAAUUCUGUCAUCAUGGUUCUCCUUGGAGACCGGCAAGGAUUCUUCCGGAAGCUCACUUGGCAGCCAUGUAGGGAAGGGACAGCAACUGGCAUCAGUUGGCUAUCUUGGGAAGAUCCCCAACUUCUUCUCAGUUCACUGUCAGGAUGGGUGGCUCUUGCUCCUGGGCCAUCUGCAGGUCCCAGCACUCAGGAGAGGAACCCAGGGAUGAAGAUGAAGAGGGGCACAGAUGGGAAGACAAACCAGUGGAGGCAUCUCUUUCAGGACCCUUCCCAGGGUAUCGCACCCCAUCCGACAUUUCAGGAGAAGAACUGGAAGAGGAAAUGUUAUUGCCAGAAGCCCUCCCAGGGUCCUCCAUCCCCUCCGAAGCUCCGGAGGCAGAACAUCAUCAGGAGGCAGACUCACUGCCUGGACCCUGGCCUGUGCCUUCCACCCCCUCCAGCACACCGGGAGACCCACCAAAGGAGGAAAACCAACUUCGAGGACCUCUACCCAGGGCUGGCCGUCCCAGCCGAUACUAUAGGAGGAGGCGGAGAGGUGGGAAGUUAGCUGCCAGGACCCGGCCCAGGGGCUUUUGUCUGCUGGCUACGGUGGCGGAAGAGCCUGAAGACGAGACAUCCAUAGCCUCGGGGCCAGGACCCCAGGCAGGGCUUUUCUUCCCCACACCGGAGCCUCCCUUGGCUGCCCAGGAUCAUCUUCGAGGAGUCCUGAUCCUGAGUGGAGAACAAGUCAACUACAUCCAGCAGCAACUCAAGCUUCGCCGCGUCGCCUCCCCCUCCUUCCUCUUCGUCUGGGGCCUCGCCCACCAAGGCCCCGACACGCGGACAAGGCUCUGCAAGAGCAGGAGCCGCCUCCCAAGGAGGGAAAAGGAUGUCUUGCAGGUGACCAUGUUGUGAUGGCCACCAGGAAAGUAGGUUCUCCUGGCCAUCAGAGAAGGCCAAAGAGACUGCCCAGAGCUUUUGAGAACGCCGGCAGAACAUCUACGCGGGGGGGGGGGUCUGCCAAGUAGAUGGAGAAGGAGAUUGGCCGGACUUCUACCUCCUGGAUAUGGACUUGUAUUUUAUGUUCCAUCCAAAAAAAUUGAAUCUACUUUUGAUUGGUUAAGGGUUAGCUUACUGUUUUUAUUCUUUCUUUUGUGGUAUUGCUGUUUUAUGGUUGCCCUGAGCAGUCUUGCUUUGGAAGCCCAGGAUGCAAAUAUUGUAAAUAAAUUAUAUUUAAAGAGUCA